ACCUCUUCCUUGCAGGCAUCUGCUUCUUGUCUGGAGGUCAGAGUGAGGAGGAGGCUUCUGUCAACCUGAACGCCAUGAACCAGUUACCUCUGCCUAAGCCUUGGAAACUGACCUUCUCGUAUGGCAGAGCCCUGCAAGCCUCUGCCCUGGCAGCAUGGGUGGGCAAAAGUGAAAACAAGAAGGCUGCACAGGAGGCCUUCCGCAAGCGGGCACAGAUUAACAGUUUGGCUUGCAAAGGACAGUAUGUCACAUCUGGGAAGACUGACACAGCUGCCACCCAGUCCCUUUUCACUGCUAGCUACACCUACUGAAAAAACAGGAACCUUCCUUUGUCUUGACCCUCUUCACAAGGUUGAAAAUAUUAAAAUAUGAAAGAAAAAUCUAAUUUCCCUUAUUCUAAUCAAAACUGGAGAUAAAAUGGAUCAGCUUCCUCUCCACCCUUCACUCCCACAUUUACCAAGGGGAUAUUCUUAUUUCAUUUGCACAUUCCAAGGACGGGGAUAUUGUUUCCGUACAAUAAACAGUAACUGCCAAAGGAUCAUGAAUCCACUCUCCCUCAGGUUUAAGAUUAGUCCCCAGAACAGUAAACAGAUUAAGUAGUUCCCUAGCUAUUCAGAUACAUACCCUUGUCCAUUACCACAUUUUGCAGCCCAAAUCCUGAAUUACAAAACCUAUGUCUUCAAUCAAAAGAAUAAAACAGUAAUUGAAAAUUAA